CGAGGACUGAGGAGGACGGCUCAACCUCCUGUUUGCUUAGCCAAAGUGGGAAGGCCCGUACCCCCUACCAUAUAGGGUUUCUGGCGAGGACGAAGCGAGAGGACAUCUCCCCAGAGGGCGACGCUGACCCAGAUGGUGGCCUUGACCUGGAGGAAUUUUCACGCUAUCUGCAGGAACGAGAACAGCGCCUUCUCCUCAUGUUCCACAGCCUUGACCGGAAUCAGGACGGUCAUAUCGAUGUCUCUGAGAUCCAGCAGAGUUUUCGAGCUCUGGGCAUUUCCAUCUCGAUGGAGCAGGCGGAGAAAAUUCUGCACAGCAUGGACCGCGACGGCACGAUGACCAUCGACUGGCAGGAAUGGCGUGACCACUUCCUCUUGCAUUCGCUGGAGAACGUGGAGGACGUGCUCUAUUUCUGGAAACAUUCCACGGUCCUGGACAUUGGCGAAUGUCUGACGGUACCAGAUGAGUUCUCGAAGCAGGAGAAACUGACUGGCAUGUGGUGGAAGCAGCUGGUGGCUGGCGCAGUGGCAGGUGCCGUGUCACGGACAGGCACAGCCCCUCUAGACCGUCUCAAGGUCUUCAUGCAGGUCCAUGCCUCAAAGACUAACCGGCUGAACAUCCUGGGGGGUCUACAGAGCAUGGUCCGUGAGGGAGGCAUCCGCUCCCUGUGGCGUGGCAAUGGUAUUAAUGUACUUAAGAUUGCACCUGAGUCCGCUAUCAAGUUCAUGGCUUAUGAACAGAUCAAACGGGCUAUCCUAGGGCAGCAGGAGACGCUGCACGUGCAGGAGCGCUUUGUGGCUGGCUCCCUGGCCGGUGCCACAGCCCAAACCAUCAUCUACCCCAUGGAGGUGCUGAAGACGCGGCUGACCCUGCGCCGGACAGGCCAGUACAAGGGACUCUUGGACUGCGCCCGACGGAUCCUGGAACGGGAGGGCCCCCGCGCCUUCUACCGCGGUUACCUGCCCAACGUGCUAGGGAUCAUCCCCUAUGCGGGCAUCGACCUGGCUGUCUAUGAGACCCUGAAAAACUGGUGGCUCCAGGAGUACAGCCACAAUUCGGCCGACCCAGGCAUCCUCGUGCUCCUGGCCUGCGGGACCAUCUCCAGCACCUGCGGCCAGAUAGCCAGUUACCCCCUGGCCCUGGUCCGGACCCGCAUGCAGGCCCAAGCCUCCAUCGAGGGUGCCCCCCAGCUGUCCAUGCUGGGUCUGCUACGUCACAUCCUGUCCCAGGAGGGCGUGCGGGGCCUCUACCGGGGCAUCGCCCCCAACUUCAUGAAGGUUAUUCCGGCCGUGAGCAUCUCCUAUGUGGUCUACGAGAACAUGAAGCAGGCCUUGGGGGUCACGUCCAGGUGAGGGACCCGGAGCCCAUCUCCCCAUGCUCCCUCACCCCAAUCAUGACGGCCUCCACAGCUCAGCCGCUGGAGACUGAUGGUCCAACCACGGGAUCCCCACCUUUCAUUCAGCCACCGAUCCCGGUACCCAGAUCCUGGGUCCUAGACCUACAUGCCCCAACCUUUGGGGUCACUGGAUCCCAGGACCCAGAUCCUAGAUCCUAGAUGCCUAUGCCCCUACCAUUGAGUCACUGGAUCCCAGAACCCAGAACCCAGAUCCUAGACUCGUAUGCCCUGACCAUCAGGUCACUGGAUCCCAAUGCCCAGAUCCUAGACCCUUAUGUCCCAGCCAUCGGGUCACUGGAUCGCAGUACCCAGACCCUGGAUCCUAGGCCCAUAUGCCCACCCGUGGGAUCGCAAGAUCCCAGUACCCCAAUUCUAGAUCCCAGAUCUCCAUAACCCCAACUGUGGAUCCCAGCAACUCAAGGCUGAUACCCUAGCCACAAGAUCCAAGACUAUCCACACCCCAGCCCUUAAUCUCUAUCUCCCAAAUCACCGGAUGCUGCAACCUCCCCAUCCCAAAGUCGAUCCCACAUUUUCCUGCCCCCCCCCACCCCGCUGGCUCCUGGACCUCUCUAUGUCUUAAGCACUGGAUCCCGCAAACUCAGUGAAUGGAU